AUGGUUAGCUUAAACCAGGACGAUGAAGAAUAUCGAUUUUUUGAUGCCCAAGAUAAUAUUGCAUCCGUGUCUGAUUCAGUUUCUAAAAUUCACGACACUCCUACUCCUGCUUCUAACCAUGAUUCGGAAUAUGAUGUUUGGGUCAGGACUCCAACAAGUGUUCAAGAUCGGAAAAACCAGUUCCUUAAACAUAUGAGUUUGAGUUUAAGCUUGGAUGAUGAAAUUCAAUCAGACGAAUCAGGGAGAUUUGAUAAAAGGAUGAUGGAGGCUAGUGAUGCUGUGUUGAGAAGCCCUAUUUACGAAGAAAUGUCUUCAAGUACUUCCUCUGUUUCCGAUUCGUCAAGAAUUCUCGAUUCUAGAGAGGAUUUCGUUUGUAGAGAGAGACAAAUCAAGGUUGCUGGCACAAUGGCUAGAACGAUGAACAGAGUAAAAAGUCAAUGGUUGAGUAGAUUACGGUCAAUGACAUGUGUUGUCGAUCCCCAUGGAAGUGGAAAUGGAAGAUGUGAUGGCGAUGGUCAGGUUCGCAGAAGCAGGGUUGAACGAGUGAGAGUCCGCCAAAACAAGAAACGAUUGAAAGAACUGUCGGCUGUUUUCAUCGGGCAAGAUAUUCAUGCGCAUCAAGGUUCGAUUUUGACCAUGAAAUUUAGUCAAGACGGGCGUUAUCUUGCUACCGCUGGAGAAGAUGGGGUUGUUAGGGUUUGGCAGGUUGUGGAAGACGAUAGAUCAAAUGACAUCGACAUUCCUGAUAUCGACCCUUCCUGCUUAUACUUCACCAUGAAUCAUCUUUCUGAAUUAGCGCCUUUAAUGGCCGAAAAACAGAAGAUGAGUAUGCUCAAGAACCUGAGAAGAAGUCCGGAUUCUGCUUGUGUUAUUGUUCCUCCAAAAGUGUUCCGGAUACUGGAGAAGCCCGUUCAUGAGUUCCAUGGCCACAAUGGCGAGGUCUUGGAUCUUUCAUGGUCAAACGAUAACCUUCUUCUAUCUUCAUCAGUUGAUGAGAGUGUUCGUUUGUGGAGAGUUGGGAUGGAUGAAUGCCUGAAAAUGUUUCCACACAGUAACUACGUGACGUGUGUUCAGUUCAACCCUGUGGAUGAAAGUUAUUUUAUAAGCGGGUCAAUUGAUGGAAAGGUUCGGAUAUGGUCAAUCGGGUCUUCCCAGGUUGUAGAUUGGACAGACAUACGAGAAAUAAUCACUGCGGUCACCUACAAUCCUGAUGGGAAGGGUGGAAUUAUUGGAUCCAUGACAGGCUGUUGCCGCCUUUUCACUUUGUCAGAUAAUCACUUCCAACUUGAGGCCUCGGUUUGCUUAAAUAGUAAAAAGAAGUCGGGUUGCAAACGGAUAAUCGGGUUUCAGUUCUGUCCACAAGAUUCAACCAAAGUAAUGGUGACCUGUGCGGAUUCCCAUGUCAGAAUUCUUGACGGGACCAACGUCAUUGGCAAAUACAAGGGGCAACGAAAUGCUGGAAACCAAUUCUGUGCAUCAUUCACAUCAGAUGGGAAACACAUAGUGUCAGCAUGCGAGGAUUCCAAUAUAUAUGUCUGGAACAACAACUGCAACCCACAAGAACAACAACAAAAGACGGUUAAGUCGUUUGAGUGCUUUUCGAGCGACGCCUCGGUUGUGUUGCCAUGGUCGGGUCUGAAAGUGAGCAGUAGAAGCUCACUGUUGCCAUUUUCUUCACCGAGUUACUUCUCACUGGGUCACGAGUUCUUUCUAGAAUCGAUUCCAAAAGGAUCCGCAACUUGGCCUGAAGAAAAGCUUCCAACUUCCACUCAACACCAACAGUCUCCUCCUCCUUCUGCUGCUGGUUUAUGUAAAUCUCAAUACAAGUUUUUCAAAUCUUCUUGCCAGAGCUCUGUUGGUUGUCAUGCAUGGGGUCUAGUUAUUGUUACAGCAGGCUGGGAUGGCCAUAUCAGAUCAUUUCUCAACUAUGGCUUACCAGUAACCCUUUGAAAUAACUUAUUAUUUUUUUUUUUAUUGACUGUGAAAGGAAGAAGGGGG